CUAGGCCAUCUCAUGAGGGCUCGGUUAGCCAACAUUCAAAAUGGCUGCAGGAAAGUUGCCUUCAAAUGCGCUUUCCUUGAAACAGUUCUUUCUUAGAAAGCAAGUUCUAAGUCUGUACCGUGAAAUCUUAAAGACGUUACGUGCGGUGGAAAAUGAAGAUCACAGAAAAGAACUUGCUGAUUGGGCAAGAUCAGAGUUUAAGAAAAACAAGCACGAAAAGGACGAGAUUGUCAUCAAAAUGAUGCUGUCACAUGGUCGACUCACAUUAAGAGAAAUGUCAGCAGCAAUUUACUUGGCUAAAUAAGGAUUAAAGAGGUGCUUUCAUGGCCAAACAAGUGCCCUGCACAGAAAAGUACCAACUGUAGUUAGUGAACCACCUUGUCAUAUGGUUAACAGAAAACAUGGAGACUAUUGUGACUGCAACACCCAGUGCUCAGGAGUAGAAUGGGGAGAAUCUGGUGGGAGAGACUGCAUUUGGUUAUCUGCUCUUUGUUUGAUGGUUUAGUUUAAGUUUAGUUUAAGUUUAAUUCAUUCGCCACAGGAAUGGCAGGAGAAAGGAACAGAACUCUCGUUC